AUGUCUAAUUCAUCGUCGUUCGUGUCCACAUCACCAGGGACGUCCGCUUGUCAUGGCUUCAGCGACAACACCAGUCUAGGGAUGUCGCCCCCUCAGUCCUCGCCCCCGACGCCCUGGCGCGGCUUCAGUCCCCGCGCCAAGGGCUACAAUCCGGACGCAUCCAUUGCUCUGGUAGGAAUUCGUGGGACUGGAAGAUCGACUUUGGCAGUCAUGGCAUCCGGCGCGCUCGGAUUCCGUCUCCUCGACGCAGAUCAGCAUUUCUUCCAGGUAACAGGUCUUUCGCGGGCGGCUUACAAGGCGGAACACGGUGCUGUGGAAUACCGGCGAGAGGAGUUGAGAUUGAUGAGGACGAUGCUAUUCGAUAACCCAACAAGAGCCGUCAUUGCGUGCGGGCCUGGAGCUGUGGAGGGUACAGGCCAGACAUGGCUAUCUGAGUACGCCCAGACCCACCCAGUCAUCUACGUCCUACGAGACGCCGAGGAAAUCAAAAGACAUCUACGGGUAUGGGAUACAGAAGCCAUCAGCCGCUUGAUAUACUUGAGCGGGCCCACACACAGGUCGCUCUCUAAUUUCGAGUUCUACAACAUCUCGGACAGCUACGGCCAGAUAGCUGAUCAUGCUUCUGGAUCUGGGCAGCAGUCUCCCAGAUCACUAGCCCUCAAGCGGGUAGAGCACGACUUUCUUGAACUGCUGUUCCGCAUCACCAACCGCGACCAUCACGAAUCAGGAUUGUACCACGUUAGCCAUGGCACGCCAGCGUUAGCUCCAGAACACAGACCUUUCACCUACUCCCUGACGUUGCCGAUGAUGGAUGUGGACAACGCAGGACCUUUGCUUCGAGACAUCAACACAACGGCUGAUGUUGCAGAGCUGGUGAUAUCACUACGAGAGAUGCGGACCAGAUCAUCCAACUUUGAUGAGCCGAUGGCCAAUUUUAUCAGCCGGCAGUAUUAUGCUGUCAAGCGAUACACACGUCUCCCUGUAAUAUACAACGUUCAAUUUGACGACUCCUGUCCGCGACAAGACCUAAUCUACUAUCUCCGCCUCAUCGAUCACGGCCUUCGACUCGCACCGGAGUAUCUUUGCGUGGACUUGAGCUGUGGCGAGCAGAUUCUCAAAAGCAUCAUUGCCGCCAGAGGAACGGCGAAGAUCAUCGGACAAUAUACCGAUAACACGGUCUUAGAACACGGCUGGGACAACCCAGCACUCACAGCCCACGCACAACUUGCGGAACGCUUGGGUUGCGAUAUCGUACGAAUAUGCCGAGAAGCUGAGUCGACAACAGACAACUUUGCGGCCAAGUACUUCAUUCAGAGCAAGUCAGCAGACUUUAAGAUACCACUCAUCGCCUAUAAUACCGGUCGCCUGGGGCGAAUGUCCUGUUACUUGAAUCAGGUAUUCUCACCAGUAACCGACCCUCUGCUGAGGUCCAUCACCUCAUCACCUUUGAACGAUACACUUCUCACCAUCCAGGAAGCCCAAAAGGCUCUAUACUCUUCUUUCCUCCUGGACCCCAUGUAUUUCGGCAUCUAUGGCAUCAAUGUGCUGCAGAGUCUAUCGCCGGCAAUGCAUAACGCUGCAUUCGAAUCAUGCGGAAUGCCUCAUGAGUACAAAAUCUUUCAGCACCCUACAGUUAACCACUUGAGACACCUGAUAUCGGACGAGAACUUUGGAGGAGCCAGUAUCACUGCCCCGUUCAAGAAGGAGGUAUUUGCACUGGUAGACCUGACAAGCCCCGAGGCGCAGGCUAUUGGUGCCGUCAACACAUUGAUACCUCUCCGGUCAGCAAGCAUCGACUCUCUGAUCGACAGAAACAGAACGGGCCCCGUUGCGGCUCUUUAUGGAGACAACACCGAUUGGAUUGGUAUUCAUACAUGCAUACGCCAGCAUCUUUCCCCGAUCAAUGGUGUGAAAAGGCGAACGACAGCCCUCGUGGUCGGGGCAGGCGGUAUGGCGCGGGCUGCGAUGUACGCUCUGCUUCGUCUAGGGGUCCGGAACAUAUUCAUACACAACAGGACGCUCAAGCAUGCCGAGGAGAUGCUCAGGCACUUCCAAGGGUAUUGCUCCAAAAAUGGGAGAGGAGGUCAAUCGCGGUCGUCGUCCCGAAGCUCAGCGAACAGCGCGGAAGGAACACCCGACAGUACCACCGACAUUACUGCCAUGAGUUUGCUCUCGUCCAAGUCAGACCCUUGGCCAGAGAGCGUUGAUCGACCUACUAUCAUCGUUUCCUGCAUUUCGACGUUUGCAAAAGACGGCCAGCCAUCUGCAGACACGAGUCUUCCCGCGGACUGGCUUGCUAGCCCGACGGGAGGUGUUGCCAUUGAGCUAUCGUACAUGCCGUUGGAACCGCCCUUACUAAAGCAGGUUCGCGAAAUGAGCGAUCAAGGUUGGAUCGCUGUUGACGGACUGAAGGUUCUCCCGGAACAGGGAAUCAAACAGUUUGAGCUCUUUACUGCUCGGAAAGCACCCGGGAACAUCAUGAGAGACGAAAUUUUGAAAGCAUAUAAAGGACCAACGAAGAACUUUUUCAUAUUCGGGCAUAAUAUCUCCCAUACUCUUUCUCCAACGCUGCACAACACUGGUUUCAGGGAGCUCGGCCUACCUCAUCACUACCAGAUCCACCAGACAGUCAGCGUGGAUGACACAAUCAAAGACAUCAUCCAACGAGACGACUUUGGCGGCGCCUCCGUCACGUUCCCUCACAAGCUUCAGAUCGGGAGACUGCUAGACUCGGUGACCGACUUCGCCGACAAGAUCGGGGCCGUGAACACCGUUGUCGUCGACACUGACCCGACAUCCGGGGAGCGACGGUUGGUCGGCGAUAAUACCGACUGGCAUGGAAUCAAGAGAUGCAUAGCGAAGAGCGAACUUCAGGAUUUGCAGUCGUCCGCUGCUUUGGUGCUAGGCGCUGGUGGAGCAGCCCGUGCUGCCUGCUUUGCAAUCCAAGAGCUUGGGAUUUCAGAAGUUCUCAUCGUCAACCGCACAGCAUCGAAAGCCUACGAUAUGGCGAUCAACUUCCCAGGAAUCAAGGAAUCUCAUGUAUUUGAGACUUUGGAGGAGGUUGUCGCAGACAGACAAAGACUUGGUGCUUCUAUCAAACCGCUCCGAGUUGUAGUCGCCUGUGUCCCGGCUGAUGACCUGGGGUCGGAGAAAGUCCCCGCGGCGCUGUUCUCUGGGGCUGACUCGGGGGUUCUUGUGGAGAUGGCCUACCGACCUCAGGUCACAGGAAUGAUGUUCGUGGCAUCUCUACACAAAGGCUGGAGGGUAUUCAGAGGUGUUGAUGUCUUGGAGGAGCAAGCCUAUGCGCAGUUCGAGCUGUGGACGGGGAGAAAGGCGCCUGUGGAGGUGAUGAGGGCGGCAAUGCAGGCGAAGAUUGAGGAAAAUGAGCAAGCAACUUCCUCGAAGUAG